GUGUGUGUGCGUGUAUGGGUUUCUGUCUGCAGUGUAACACAAUCCAUCCUUAAAAGAAGUUUCAUGUAGCCCGCUAGGUGCAGCCAUGUGUCCCUGCCUCAAACCCUGAAGACUUCUUGUAAACUAAAAAAAAACUAACGUGACGGGAAAUGAAGGAAAAAUAAAUCACGCAGAGAGAGGAGACACUUUAUCUGGGACACAGGACAGCCUGGCGUCGGGUUUGUUUUCCUCCGCGGACCGUACACCGCUUUUCCCGGGGUCCGGUGGGUACGACCCGGGGCUGCUGCGAUGUGUUCCCGCUGCUUCACGAAGCUCCUGUGUGGAAGUGAACCUUUCACCGGAUGAUGGACAGGAACUACCCGAGCACCAGCUUCGCGGACGCGCUGGCUGUACCACCACACACCGUAGCUUCAUGGGCCUAUGACCGCGGCUCAGUCGCUAUCAAACCAAGUCCCAAUUAUGUUGCACCAAACCUUGACGGGGAGCUCCUCCAACAGCAAAGCUACACUACAACGCAGCAGCUCCCCACUUACACUACAGCACACAUCCCAGCAGCUGCACGCACACUUGAGUCAAGUGGUAACAAUCCUGUGACCUCAAUCAUGAGCUUCCUGUCAGCCAUGGAGUCAAGAAGUCUUCAGACCGGUCCUGUUAGUGCCUCUUUGCUUCCUCCUUUUAGACCGCCAUCUUGGACUACUGGUGCCAACUCUUCCACCACAGAGCUGUAUCUGACUGGUGCUCUGCCUUCAACAGCCAGUUUCCCCUCUCCUGCUGCUCUGUCCUCCUUUCAGCACACAGGUGCCUACCCACCCAGGAGCUAUGCUGCCAACACAUCCCUUACACUUCCAGAUCCUGCCUUCAGCACUUCCACCAAUGGGCUGUUUCCUCACCAUGACCCACUGCUUAAUCUUAAACCCAGCCAAACUGUGAUUCCCACUGCCCUGACCUUCAAUCACCUCUCUACACCCUCUCUGGGCUCAGCUCUGCCUGUGCAGUCCUCCACUUACCGCUCAGCCCAGGAGUCAGCUCCCCACCUACUACAGCCCCAGUUUGGUCUUCUUCCUUCUGCUCUGCCCGCCACUCAUAGUGCCCCACAGUCCUAUGGGGCCACGAUUUUCUCUGGCUCUAUUGAAAGAGCUCUUCAGCGUGAAUGUAGUGUAAUAAAGCACCACCAGAGGCCUUCAAGUAGCCACAUGCCCAGUUCAGAGGACUCCCUGCAGGGGUAUUUUGGCUCUGGCAGUGAAACGGAUAUGUCUUACCAGCAGGACCCGUCCCGUCACACACCAGUGUCCUGCAGUCCGUCUUCAAGAACAGACUCCACCCAAGGAGUCAGUGGGUCUCCGCAAUCUAAAAGCGAUUGUGGAACACAACCGUACUCAUCCACUUCUUUGCUGAAAAAUAAAGACGCUUCUUCCCGACUGAAUUCACAUUCUGCUGGAGAUGAAGAGAAUCACACUCAGAACUUGAGAACAGGGUCUCCGGAGCGUUAUUCUUCUCCUACUGAGAAGCAGAACUCUGUCAUUGCUAAUCAACAAGCGGUCCAGCUGUCUGGCCUAAUAUCAGACAGUUUGUCUCAAAAUUACAUGGCUCCACAAACACAGUCACAGACCUCUCAUUCCCCCUCGGAGAAGCUCUCCUCACUUUACAAUACCUUGCCAUCCCACUCGAGUCACUGUGACAACGUGGCUCCCGUUAGCCAAGCUCUUAUUUAUACAACCACUCCUGGGCUGAACCAAGAGCAGAUCCAGUACGGAGCCCAGGUUCAGAGAUUCUGUCAAGAAAAUUUUUCAGACAGCUUCUCCGGUGCCCACUCUCAGGGGCCCCCAAAUCUGACGUUUACCUCUCAGCCGCAGGAGCAAGCUUCGGCAACACAUUCUCAAAGUUACAACACGGGACAAUCCCUCAGUACUGUGUUCCAAUCCACAUGUGUGCAAAGUCUUCCUACGUCUAAUUCUUUGGUGGAUUAUAGCCACAUGCAGGACUCAGUGGCAGGUAAAGCGCAUACCAGCGCAUCCCACCAACAGACACAGCCUCACAGUGUUUUAUCCGUACCUUUGCCUACAUACUCUUCACCUGCUCCACCCAUACAGAAUAACAUACGAUCCUCCAUACAUGAAACAGAUCCAACAUACGCCAAACAAAAGCUCGAAGAACUCCCAUCCCAGGACAUCGAGGCUCUACAGCAGGUGUCCAUGGUCUCUGUUGCUGACAAUAGCAUGGCUGCUCACAACAAUGUCAUCUACGUGGUUUCAAAAAUGGAUGAUCACAAACCACAGAGUGUUAUUCGAAGCAAUUCUCGCUCUGACGAACAAUUCCUGGGACUUGGCCAUGCAAAUUCGGCACAUGCAAAGGAUGAACACAUCGGUUGCAUGACCCAGCAGCAGGUUUGUUUAGGCAGUGCUGAUGGUCAUGAAGUUGCUAACUCAGAGGGUUCAAAUACCUCUGUUUCAUCACAUGGACCUCUCAGUUCAGAGCAUCUUAACCAGCAGCUCAGAUCUCCUGAGCCACACCAACAAAAUCAGCAAACCCACUCUCAGUCCCAGGGUCAAAUUCAAGCUACCCACUCUCAGUUUAUGUCAGUCCCCAGCUCUCAGGUGCUUCUUGAGCCCAACCAGAUGAUUCUGGUCCAGCAACCUCUUGUCCACCAAAGUCAGAACUCUUCAAAACUAGCAUCGAUGCCUGGUGUCCAACCAGCCCAGUGUUUGGGUCCGGUUCACGUACAGUACCUCCAGAUGGAUCGAGGCCUGCUUUGCCCAAAUGUCUCUAAUGAAAACCAGAGUCAGCAGACUGUGGUCAUGUCUGAACCAAGCUCAGAAUGCUCUUCCUCUAAACACCAUUACAGCCAGACAGCAAGUCAGCAGCCAAAUGAUGGCAAGAACCAGUUUGCCCUUAACUCUAUUUGCUUUCCCGACUCGAUGCUCCUGGCAGAUGAAAGAAAUAUUUUGUCAAACGUUGACGACAUCUUGGCUGCCACUGUGGCGGCUUGCGGUGUCACGCCUCAAGAUUUUGUCAAAGCCGCAUCGUCCGCUGAGGCUGAAAUGACUGCAAGGGCAAGUCCCGUUGAUUCCAAAGGUCAGCUCCUGACUGUGGAUAUAAGCCAGAUGUCGCCCAGUUUUUCCUCAUCACAACAUCCUGCCAUCACCAACACUCACUGCCAAACUAUCAGCAUGACACUAAAUGGUGCUCAGAUGGCCACAGACACCCAAGAUCAGGCUGCUCGCCAUAACAGUAACAUUAAUCUCGUCAUGAAUGGGGAUGGAAUGACCACCGAGAGUGGCUACCACUCUGUCAGACAGGUGUUCAACUGUGUCCACAAUGGAGUCCAAGAGACUACAAAAUGCACAGAAACACAAGAAUGUCCGGGCAGUGAUGACUCUCCAAAAAAGAAAGCACGCUCCAAGUCCUUAACUAAACCGAAUUCUGAGGACAGUGAGGGACUGACUAGACCGGCUAAGCGCAGUGGACAAACCAAGCGUCAAAACUCACGGGGCAGUGAUGCCACUCCUCCGUCUGCCUCAAGUAGCACACAGGACAGUUGUCCUCAGCAUGAAAGAAUCAGGCAGAAGAUCCGUGAAGUGGAAGAGAAGCAGCCAGAGGUCAAAACCGGCUUCCUUGGCUCCUUCCUAGACUUUAUCAAAUCGGGCCCCAAACAGCAGUACUCCCCUAGCUCUACGAGAAGUAGCAGUCGUCCAAGAAAACCAUCCUCCUCCUCCAAACCGUGCACUUUGCCUCCUUUGCCACCCAAAGUGCCCACUCUUCCUGGACCGCUGCUUCCCCAGAAGAGUCCAGGUGUGAGCUCCCAGCAGAAACGUCUGGAAGAGGAUCUACACAAGAACCUGGAGACGUUGCCGUCGUUCAGCUCAGACGAAGAGGAGAGCACUGGGAAGAAUCAAGCUCUGAGGAACAGCAUCAGCUCAGCUCUCUCAGCUCUGGAUGAGACUUCAGAUCGGAAAACGACUAUGGAUAACCAAAUUCAGGUUACAGUGAUGAAGCCUGUCCAGCUUCCCACCAUCCCUCUCACCAUCACCCAGAUUUACCUGCCGCCGGUAUCCGCCCCUGCUGUGGUGACCCCUGCGCCAACCACAGUCUCAGGGGAGAAGGAGUUUAUGACCAAAGAGAAAUUAAAAGAGACGCCGUCAGGCGAGUUGGCUGUGCAACUUAUGAGCGUGGCCUUGGAGGGGCUGACUGAUGACGAGCCGUCUGACAGCGGGGGAGAAGGGAUGUAUCGAGAGAGAGACGAGUUUGUCAUCAGGAAUGAGGACAUUGAAACCUUUAAGGUCACAAUGAGGGCAGGAGUGGAGCCUCCAGCUAUUUGGAAGGUCCAGAAAGCACUGCUGCAGAAAUUUGUGCCUGAGCUGAAAGACGGGAAGAGAGUGUUUUCUGCCACAAACAGUUACCUUGGAUACUUUGGUGACGCAAAGACGAUGUACAAGAGAGUGUAUGUGAAAUUUCUGGAAACGGUUAACAAAAGGGAGUACGUGAGAGUUUGCAGUCGGAAACCACGCAGCAAGCCGAUGAGUUCACUAAAGGCUAUUCAGAUGAAAGCUUUGCUGGGCCUGACAGAUCCGCCUUUAUCAGCUCCCCAGAACCAUAAGCCCCGCCCCAAACAAGUGAAGCCACGGGCAGAACCGCCGCCCAAGAAGAGGAAGAAAUGGAAGGAGGAGUUUUCACCCACCCCCUCAGGAUCAUCUGCAGAAGAAGAGUUAAACCCUCCAUUUGCUUCGAGGCUCCUCAACACACGUACAACGAAAGACACGUUCAAAAGCUUUGUUGAGCUUCUUAUUAGUGUUGCUUUGGAUGAAGAUGUGAUGGCGGCACUGGAGAGGGCAAAUGACGAGUUGCUGCUGCCGCACAUGAAGAAGGUAGAUGGGAUAAUCACUGACAUCAGGAAACGCUUGCUUAACAAACUGCACAUAGGGCAGGUCUUAAAGACAGCUCUAGACAGCUUCCCGGAGAUCUCAGUGGUGACUGAGCUGAAGAAGGAUGGGGAAACCCCAGCCUUUAAGGUACGUCUCAGUGGGAGGGCCUACAACAAGAAGACGAUGAAGUCCUACAAGUUGCCAAACAAAGUGCCUCAGGAGUACACGGUGGAGCAGCAGAAAACUCAGUGGUUCUCUCUGUACCACUCUUUGCAACAUUACAAAUACCACACAUACCUCAUGUGUAAGGACGAGAUUGCAUCGCUGCGGGUGCGGGCUGGCGACCUGGGGCAGGAGGAGACCGUCCAAAAGUGCCUGGAGAACGGAGCCUGGGUGGACGGGCUCUUUGAUCGCUUUGGAGAGCUAAUCAGUCAAGUGCAGCAGGUCUGCAGAUGAUUUGGCCUUGGCAGACUCGACUUAAAAAGAAAUACAAACAGAAGCUAAUGCAAAGUUCACCGCUUAAACUCAAACGGAUGCCUUGAAGUCACAGUGACAGCAGAGACCGAGUGUGGAGUGGAUUCCCCUCCAGAGAUGUCAGGAGCGAAACACAAAGCUGUAACUCGAUCAUCAAAAGACUUUGUUUCGGGAGGCACUUCGGAACAGUUCCACGUAGUGCGACUCCUUUUCUUUGUACGUUUUUAUAGUUUUAAAAGCCAUCUUUUUAUGAGCCUUUUUUUUUAUAGGUUUCUAUUGGCUUUUCUACUCUCCUUUAUUUUCGGCUGAGUGCCAUACGAUAACCCUUAAUUGUGUUCUAGAUAGAGGAAGUAGAGUGGGACAAAUAAGAGGCAGGAAUCUGAUUAAGUACCAUUUUAACAAGCCUUCAUCAAUCAUUUAAGUAGGCUUACAUACAGAGUUGAUAUAUUGUACAAAAUUGAGUAUAAAUAAAGUAUUACUGUAGUUCAUACUGUUAGAUAAACACCCGUUGUUUAACGGAGUGCCAACUUCUCCAUGUCUAAUGUACAUUUUGUGGAAAGAAAAGCGAGAGGUGAGACCUGCAGCCGUUCUCCGGAGGAGAUGAGGGACCGCGAACGACGUGCGUCUGACUUUGACGCAUCGGACGCCUUCUCCCUCCCGAGAUGCGUUUUAAUGGAACCAGCGCCAGUUACUGGUUUUCUCUAACCGAAAUCAAUACCUUGAAUUGCUUCAAGGUCAUUUCAAGGAAAUAACUGGUAGUUGUCUUUAUAUUGUUUUAUAUACAAAGCCCACAUUUUAUGACAAAUAUAUAUUUUUCACAGAAGCAAUUAUUGUUAUUCUUAGGAGACAUUGGCUUUUUUCCAUUGUCUUUUCUUUUUUUUUUUUUUUUUUUUUUACGUUUCUCCUCACAAAUUGACUGUGAGCCAGAAAUGUUGAUAUCACUAAUUCUCGUUGCUUACAGGUGCAGUUUGUAAAUAAAAUGGCACAUAUGUUAAAUGCGUUUUGGUGUGUUUCGCACUGUGCAAGCAAGGCUUACUUCUUAAAGUCUGGGGAAAAUGUUAUAUUUGUUACCAGAUUACAUAACUGAGUACGGCGUCUUUCACACAAGGAAUAAGAUGUGUGAAAAUAUUGAGGUUAAUUAAUCUCUCACUACAGUAGCGUAUUUCCAUGUUGAAAUGUCUAGGAAAAACAAAAAUCUGCGUUUGAUUUUUUUUUUUUUUUUGAUUGUCCUUCCGAAAUAUUUAUGCAAAAAUCUUUGUCAUUCACAACAACUCCUGUACAAUAAAUGGAACCUAAUCAUUUUGUAAUUCA